AUGAAUGCAAAGGUGGGAAGAGAAAGUAUAUACCGACCAACGAUAGGCUCCCACAGCCUACACGAAACAUCUAACGACAAUAGCACACGUCUCAUUGAUUUGGCAACUUCCCUAGGAAUGGUCGUCGGCAGCACACGCUUUCCACACAAGAAUAUCCAUAAGAUAACGUGGGUCUCCGCGGAUAACGUCACCCGAAACCAAAUAGACCAUCUUUUGAUAGACAGGAGACAGUGCUCUAAUCUUUUGGAUGUCAGAAGCCGUAGAGGAGCAAACAUCGACUCCGAUCACCAUCUUGUUGUAUGCAAAAUAAGAGCACGAAUAUCACGGUACAAGUACACCAAAACGGUAAGAACAAAAAAGAUUGACACAACAAGGCUGAAGAGAGAGCAGGAUGUCAAAUACAAAUAUAUAGACACAGUUCACAGAGAACUUAUGAAAGUGGGCGAAAGAAAUAGCAACAGCAUUGGCGAUCCUGAUAGCACCUGGCGGAAUCAUAAAGGGGUUUUAUCUACGGCUGCUAGUGAGAUUUUGGGAUUUGAGGAAAAACCGAAGCGUAACGACUGGUUUGAUGAUGAAUGUCAGAAGAUCACUAAUGAGAAAAAUGAUGCGUACAGAUUAAUGCAACAGAAGUACACUCGCGGGCGUGGAGAAGAGUAUAAGAAGCGAAGAAUACGAGAAAAACACCUACAUAAGAGAAAGAAAAGAUUGUACGAAGAAAAACAAUUGCGUGAGAAUGCAUCUAGUUACACACAAAAGGAAACUAGAAACUUCUACAACCAAGUAAAUGGGGGACGGAAAGUAUUCAAACCCAGAACCACGGCAUGUAGAAGUAAGAAUGGACAGCUACUUAAUGAUAAAGAUGAGAUCGUUCAAAGAUGGGCUGAAUACUUUCGUGAAUUCCUUAACAGUUCAGUGCAGACUCGUCCACUUUCUGUACCAGUACCUGAAGCUCUACUAAAGAAUCAAGAGACUGAUGAAUCUUUGUACCCCACUAUAGAAGAUACUAUACGAGCCAUUCAAUCCAUUAAAAAUAACAAAUCUCCGGGAAUGGACGAUAUCCAAGGCGAACUUAUAAAGUAUGCCGGAACUGGUUUCGAGAAAGAGUUUCACCACCUGGUGCUCCAAAUUUGGAACAAUGAAAAAAUGCCUGAUGAUUGGAAUACAUCUGUUAUCUGUCCCUUACAUAAGAAAGGCGACAUAUUGGAUUGCAAUAAUUACCGAGGCAUAUCUCUCUUGAACACCGGUUAUAAAGUUUUUGCCAAUAUGCUUUUUAAUAAACUAAAGCCAUAA